UCCCUAGAAAAGGGAACACUAGGGGAAUAGCAGCAAGGAGACGUUGCAGGCUGGUUCAGUGUUGGAGUUCGAGUUUGAAUUGUUGGACACAGUGAGACGAUCAAAGACACUUUACUAAGGUUAUUUCCUUUUGUGUGUGUGCCAAAAGAAAUACUGUUCUAAAAGAGCAUGACCGUCUGAAGGAAGCAUUUUCUUCUGAUCAUUAACCACCUCGGAAAGGGAGCGUACCGGUGAUGGAGGUUAUAGAGCCACAGAAGAGUGGACCACGUCAGAUCUUGACAUCCAAGGAUGACCAUACCUUUGAGCUGGAUGAGGCAGCACUGGCGAGCAUUUUAUUACGGGAGGAUAUAAAGGACAAGCAAGUGGUCGUGGUUUCCGUGGCUGGAGCUUUCCGCAAGGGGAAGUCUUUCCUGCUUGACUUCUUCCUCAGGUACAUGCGGUCUUCGAGAGACACCGAAGACUGGUUUGGAGAUCCCGACACACCUUUGCAAGGAUUCUCCUGGCGAGGAGGAUGUGAAAGGGAUACAACGGGUAUUCUCGUUUGGGAUGAGGUGUUCACGGUGACAACGUCUGAAGGCAAGCAACUAGCUGUGCUCUUCAUGGACACCCAGGGUGCCUUUGACUGUGAAUCAACAGUGAAGGACUGUGCCACAAUUUUUGCAUUGAGCACAAUGACAAGCUCUGUGCAGGUGUACAACCUCUCUCAGAAUCUUCAAGAGGAUGACCUCCAACACCUCCAGUUGUUCACAGAAUAUGGACGUCUCGCACUAGAGGACACGUCGGAGAAGCCGUUCCAGAAGCUCGUUUUCCUCAUUCGAGACUGGAGCUACCCAUACGAUGCUUCUUAUGGUACAGAAGGAGGGAAGGUCAUUUUGGAAAGGAGGCUUCAAAUCUCAGAGCGACAGCAUGCAGAGCUGCAGCAACUUCGCAAGCACAUCCGCUCCUGCUUCUCGCAGAUUGGUUGCUUCCUCAUGCCCCACCCAGGGCUCAAGGUGGCCACUGCACCCACAUUUGACGGACGCCUCUGUGACAUCGAAAAAGAUUUUAAAGACCAGCUGAAAGUACUAGUGCCUAGCUUACUGGCCCCAGACAACCUACUUGUAAAAGAAAUUAAUGGCAGGGAAGUCACGUGUCAAGAACUGCUGGAAUACUUCAAGGCUUACGUGAACAUCUUCAAGGGUGAUGAGCUUCCUGAGCCCAAGUCUAUGCUGGAGGCAACAGCAGAAGCAAACAACUUAGCAGCUGUGGCAACAGCGAAGGACAAAUACACUAGCGCCAUGGAGCAGGUAUGCGGUGGGGAACAGCCAUACAUGAGCCCACGGCAACUGGAAGCUCAUCAUUUGCGGCUAAAAGACUCUUCGAGGGAGCAGUUUCUGUCAACGCGCAAGAUGGGCGGGGAAGAAUUCUCACAGCGCUACCUUGACCAGCUUAUGGAGGAAAUUGACGGGGCUUUCGAGAACUACGCCAAGCACAACGAGGGCAAAAACAUCUUCGCAGCAGCCCGCACGCCAGCAACGCUUUUCGCCGUUGUGCUCUUCUUCUACUUUGUGUCCGGCAUUUUUGCUCUCUUUGCGUUAUACUCUUUCUCGAACUUCGCUAACUUGCUCAUGGGUCUCUCACUGAUCACCCUCUGCCUCUGGGGCUACAUCCGCUACAGUGGUGACAUGCGGGAAAUUGGGGCGCAGAUUGACACCGUGGCCAACCUCAUCUGGGGCAGUUUGCUGAAGCCACUCUACAAAACUUUGAUGCAAGAUAGGGUUCUGCCUCCCCAUUUGACUGGCGGUGCAGGAGAGGGCACUAGGGGACCACCACCCUCCAAUGGAAGGAUAAAGGCUGCAUGAAUACAGCGACCUCAAAUCCGUGCAAACGGGCAGCUGUGAUGUGCUCACAGAUAGUUUUGCAUGAACGGUUGUUAAACUUGGCUCAGUCCUGCCAUUCAUCUCCGUGUGCCCCCUUCCCUAUGCAAGAAAGCUCAGUUGCGGCUCUUCAGAAGUCGUCGCCUGUAUCACCCAAGUGCCUCCACUGUUUGACAAUAAAACGAGCAAAAUGGGUUUUAAUACAAAUACUGCUCCUGUUGCCCGUGUGAGUGAAAUGCAUCUAGAAAUAUUUUUCUGUGCAAGUGUGUUAUACUUAAAUGCUGUACAGGUUACAUCGAUGCUCUUUGAAUGUGAACACUGACUUUGAGGCUCAAUAGCUCCAUUCCCCUUUCUUUGUAACAUAACGUAUUAACAAUAUAUUCUGGGGUUGUGUGUACAAAACAGUGUAAAUAAUCGAGCGAACGAUGUGUGAAGUGAACGAUUUGAUCUGAUUUUGGUCUGUAUAAAUGUUCAGUUUUGGAAGUGGCCAAAGUGUACUUUUAAUUGGCUUUGUUUCUCCCUCUAUUCUUGCGUUGCAUUGUAGACUUGUUUUUUAGCGAGAGAUGGAAUGAUUGGAUAUACACUAUUAGGUAUUAAAGGAUUGUUACUUGUUUGUGCUCUUCUAUAAUUGUCAUGGUUUCCUAUUAAAAUGAAUGAGAUUAACCAUA